UCGUUGAGUUGUGUGGAAACAAAAAGUUCAAAAUACAAAACGAUGAUAAAGUUAUUUGUUUGCGUAAUCCCAGCCAGGGAAGUGGGCGUGUACAUGAAACUCCAUCGUCUCUUUUCAGCUGUGCUUCAGCUGCACAAACACACUUUUGGCGCACCAAUCGCUAGAUUUAAACCCGUCAGGUUAUUCUCAAUUUCAACUCAAGUAAACAUGAGAUUGGUGCAGUUUAGAAAACAGUGCGGUGGAGCAGUGAGGGUUGGUGCAGAGGUUUCGAAGGAUGGCGAUGUUGUUGAUCUGUGCGAAGGGGAUUCCAAGAUCCCUGGAGAUAUGAAGAGUUUCUUGGAAGGCGGGAUUGAUGUUUUAAAUGCAGCUAAGCAAGUUAUAUCAUCAGGCCAGCAUAUUUUAAAGAGAGACACAAUAUCCCUUCUCGCGCCAAUAAAUAACUGUGAUAAAGUUAUUUGUAUUGGAAUGAACUACAGAGAACACUGUAUCGAGCAGAAAUUCCCUAUUCCCACCGAGCCAAUAUUCUUCAAUAAGUUUGCGAGUACUAUCAUUGCAUCAGGAGAUGACAUCAUUUAUCCAGAAGUCACAACAGCCUUAGACUGGGAGGUGGAGCUUGUUAUUGUCAUCGGAAAAGGUGGCAAAAACAUCAAGGAGUCAGAAGCUAUGGACCAUGUGAUUGGUUACACAGUAGCACAUGACGUAAGUGCAAGAGACUGGCAGAUGAAAAGAAACGGUGGACAAUGGUUGAUUGGGAAAACAAUGGACACAUUCUGUCCUCUUGGUCCAGCUAUUGUUACUAAGGAUGAAUUAUCAGAUCCACAUAAUUUGGGAAUCCGGUGCAGAGUGAACGGUGUCACAAUGCAGAAUAGCAACACAAAUCAACUGAUAUUUAACACAAUGAAAACCAUUGAAUUCCUGUCAAGGCUUGUUACGUUGCGGGCUGGUGAUAUUAUUCUAACAGGGACACCAUCGGGUGUUGGUGUGUUUCGGAAGCCAGAACCAGUCUAUCUGAAGCGAGGAGAUGUGGUUGAAUGUGAAAUUGAUGAGAUUGGGACCAUCAGUAACAAGGUUGUUUGACUGAAUUGAUCAUGGACAGCCAUCAAGUACAGUUUGUAUAGCUCUUACUCAUCAUGGUGACGCCAGAACAUAUGCAGUAUACAUGUGUUCCUUGGAGACAACAUCAUAACAUGAGUGUACAUUUCCAGUUGUACAGCAUUUUGAACUAUAACUGAAGAACGAAACCAGGAUUUUUUCAGAUAUCAAAUUUAUAAUUUUCAGCUCAAUUUAUUCAUAUAAACUAACGUUUCUAUCUUGCUCAAAAUAUAGUUUAUUUUAUUGCUUACAUUUGAAUGGACAUACUUGGAAUUGUUUAUGUGAUCAAAAUUUCAUUAUGUUUUGGGGUAAUGGGGUGAGACCAACGAAAAUUUAUCUUUGUUCAACCCCAACUCGUUAAAAUUUACCCAUUCUUCAGUUUACCUUAUGGUUUAUUUAACAAACUGCAUUGUGUUCAAAUUGAUAUUAAAUUAAAAGUCAUCAUGCCUCAGUGACUGUGAAUUGUGUUAUUGGUUGAUGGCAAAUAAUGGUCAGAAGAAAUGGGGUAGAAGAAAUGUCACAAAUCUGCAGCAGUUUCUUUCAAUGAUGUCACCUGGCUGAAGAAAGACGGGAAAAACGAGGGUUGAUAUUGAUAUCAGUUUGGUUACAAAACUUUCUUGAAAAUUCCAUAUUGUUUUAACUCAUCCGUUCUUUUCCUAGUGCAUAGGAAAGAGAAAGAAGAAAUAAAGUAGAAAGUAUUCUAUGAAGAGUAAAUUACCCGAUUAUUUUACAUUGUUGUAUGGUUUUUUUAAGAUGAUCUCCCCAAAUGGGACUUGGCAAACUCCCACAAGGGGAUAUAAACACCAAGCUGGCAACAACCAAUCUCUCUCAUUUAAAUUUUGGUGUAACAACGUCUAUGAAAUGCUAGUUUUGCAUCAGGAUAACGAAUAAUAUAAUUGUUGUUACAAUCGAUGUGAACUUAGCUGUAUACUCCCGAUAUUCUUCAUCGCCGAUGCAAAUUUAAGUGCUUUAAAUUGUCAUAAACAUUUGUUUUUGCUAACUUUUUCAAAAGUUUGUUUUGAUAAUCCAAAGCAUUGUGUACCUUUUUAUCAGAUGUAAACACUUGCCGCGGUUUCAUUUGUUUCAACUGUUUGUCAACAAUAUUUUUCUCAAAAUGUUUGACAAUUUGUUUUGUUUAAACUAAAACAGCAAAGAAUUAAAUAUCUGAAAACAUUGAAAGAGCGGCGUUUGAUUUCGUUCAUGUUAUUGUUGUGCAAGAUAAUACAUGUACAUUUUGUACUGCUCCCAUUGAACAUGUAGUUAUUGGUGUUCUUCGUGUUUUCCCCGCCACGUUUAACACCACUAACGCACAUUCGUUUUUAGCCUCCCUGUGUCUACCCCGCGGUGCUUACUCGGGUGACGUCGUUUACCUGGGGCCAGAAGUGACCCACUCCACAAGCAGGACAUUGGGGGCUGACCUCGGUGAGCCCUUGGAAUGACGUCAGAAGCUGUUCGAACGCACCGGGGCAGACCGGGGAUGACACAGGGAAGCUAAACGAACGCACCCACUUAUAAAAAGGGACACGCUCCAAU